CCUAAUAACCAGCAGCUCUUGUGUUCAGGUCCAGACGGACAUCAGCGUGGACACCAAGCAGCAGACUCUGCAGGGAGUGGCCUUCCCCAUUCACAAAGAUGCUGCUGACGCACUGGCACAUUUUAAGGAAAAGAGAAUCAACUAUGUGCAACUGGAAAUAGAUGUUGAAAAGGAAAUGAUUCGCUUGUGCAGCACUGAGCCAACCGAGUUGAAAGACCUGCCAAAGAGAGUCCCCAAAGAUUCUCCACGUUACCACUUCUUCCUGUACAAACAUUCCCAUGAAGGCGACUACUUGGAGUCUACAGUCUUCAUUUAUUCUAUGCCAGGGUACAAGUGUAGCAUCCGAGAGAGGAUGCUGUAUUCCAGCUGCAAAAAUAACCUGAUUGACAUGGUGGAAACCAAACUGCAGAUUGAGAUCGAGAAAAAGUUGGAAAUUGAAGACGGGACCGAACUAACAGGCGAGUUCAUGUACGCCGAGGUGCAUCCCAAGCAGCACGCCUAUAAGGAGCGCUUUGCCAAGCCCAAAGGCCCAGCCGGUAAGAGGGGAGGUCGCCGAAUCACCCGGCCACCCGGCGAGGGAGAGGAGGAGGAUUAAAACACACCUCCACCCCACACACCCUAAAUCCUCCACCCCAUAACGUGUUCCACAGUGGAACAUCCCUGUGAUGGGCGACGAAAAAAUUGUAUUUGACUUUUUUUUUUUGUUAUGUUUCUGUUUUCUUUUCCCAAGAACCUCAAUUUUUUCUCACCAUGUUACCCAACUAUGCACGCCAAGGAGAACUGAGCAAUGACACCCUUCAGACGUUCCAUUUGUAGCUUGCCAAAUGGAAACGCGCAUCUUAACACACUCACAAGCAGCUCAACUGUAACUCAAGGGGCCCAAAUAAAAGUUGAGGUAUUUGCUUCGUUGCCAGCUCUAACACUUAGUGGAAAAAAAAAAACAAAACAAAAAAAAACUUUCAAGCACGACUAAUGUGAACUCGCGCAAAUAUAGAAAGAAAUGUUUUUUUU